AUGAAAGUGUAAAUUUAAUUACUUUACCAUUUGAUAUUCUCAAGAGGAUUUGUAGCUUAUUUCUAACCAGAAUCAAAUUGUUGGGAUGAUAGUAAUCAACCCAUAAUUAUUUUUUAGAUUUAAAUAAUAAAACCAUUAUAAUUUAUUACUUAUUUUCAAAAUUUCUUGUUAUUGCCUUUGGAUUAAGUAUUCUCUUAAUAACAGUAAAUAAUCUUCUUUAUAAUAAAUCCUUUGCCAAAAUUAUCUAAAAUAUUGAAACCAAAGUAUAUUUUAUAUUAAUUAAAUUAGUUAAAAAACAUACCAUAUUACAUUAUAAAAAUUCUAUGGAAAUUUCUAUUUUAUAUUGUAACAUUUACAUGUGUGAUUAAGUGGAAAAUGAUAAAAUUAUCAGGUUAACAUGUAGUAAUAUAUAAAUCUAUUUUUUGA